AUGCCUCAAAGACUUCCUAGAAAUCCGUUUGCCAGCAGCCCCAACCCCACGAUCAUUCCCCCUCCUUCCGAUCGAUCCACCACCCGGAGACCCUCGUUGGCGAAGGCGAACAGAUUGACCUCAUUCUUCUCCUCGUCGCCGAAGAGCAAGGAGCAGCAGACUGCCCAAGCAGCCCUCUUGCAAGCAAUUACGGCCCAGCAACAGCAUCUGCUCAACAACCCGUCUCCCUCCAUCACUGCCCCUUCACUGUCUCUCCCUAUGAUAUCGCUGUCCACCGCAAAGGCAGGCGAACCGAACAUGAACGAGCCCCCCACGACUCUCUUCCAGCCCCCCUCUGUCGCAGAAGCCAAACGUCAAGCCAGAAUCGACGCGCAAUUUGGGCCUCUGGGCGCCCAGAGUCACCGAUAUGUCAGCCAAUACGUGGAAGGCACAAAAAUGGAGCACGUGCUCGACGAACCCCCCUACUACUACCUCUUGACUACCUACAUCAGCUACCUCGUCCUUAUCAUUUUCGGUCAUGUCAGAGAUUUCUUCGGGAAGCGCUUCAGACCGGAUGACUACAGGCAGCUGAAGGCUGCCGAUGGGUACGCGGCCCUGAACAGUGAUUUUGACAACUUCUACGUGCGGAGACUGAAGUUGCGAAUCGACGACUGCUUUGCGCGGCCAAUCACCGGAGUCCCGGGGCGAUACAUGACAUUGAUUGACCGUAAGACGACUGACUUCAACAAGCACUACCAGUUCACUGGCACCUACACCGAAACUCUCAACAUGAGCUCGUACAACUACCUUGGAUUUGCCCAGUCUGAGGGACCUUGCGCAGAUGCUGUUGAGGAGACCAUCAAGAAAUACGGUAUCAGCGCUGCCAGCCCCCGUGCUGAUGCAGGAACUUCAGAUCUUGCGCUGGAAGUCGAGGACAGAAUCGCAAAGUUCGUCGGCAAGCCAUCUGCUAUGGUCUUCUCCAUGGGAUUCUCCACGAACGCUACUUCUUUCCCAGCUCUGGUAGGCAAGGGCUCUCUCAUCAUCUCUGAUGAGCUGAACCACGCUUCUAUUCGCAUUGGAGCUCGUCUAUCUGGGGCUAUGAUUACUUCUUUCAAGCACAACGACAUGCAUGACCUCGAGCAAAAGCUUCGUGAAGUCAUCUCGCAGGGACAGCCCAGAACUCACCGACCGUGGAAGAAGAUUUUGGUAGUUGUCGAGGGUCUUUACUCUAUGGAAGGAACCAUGUGCGACUUGCCCGGUCUUUUGAAGCUAAAGAAGCGAUACAAGUACAGCCUCUUCGUUGACGAGGCUCACUCCAUUGGUGCUCUUGGACCUCGCGGCCGUGGCGUCUGUGACUACUUCAACAUUGAUCCUGCCGAGGUCGACAUUCUUAUGGGAACCUUGACCAAGUCCUUCGGUGCUAAUGGCGGUUACGUCGCGGCAGAGAAGCAUAUCAUUGACAAGCUCCGCUCCACAAAUGCUGCUACCAUCUAUGGCGAAUCACCCACCCCUCCAGUCCUGAUGCAAAUCCUCAGCGCUCUCAAGAUUAUUUCCGGCGAAACCUGCCCAGGACAAGGAGAGGAGCGUCUGCAACGUAUUGCGUUCAACUCGCGUUACCUUCGCUUAGGACUAAAGCGUCUUGGUUACAUCACUUAUGGUCACGACGAUUCCCCCAUCAUCCCAAUCAUGCUCUACAACCCUGCUAAGAUGCCUGCUUUCUCCCACGAAAUGCUCCGCCGCAAGAUCUCCGUCGUUAUCGUUGGAUAUCCUGCCACCCCGCUUGUCUCCUCCCGCGCCCGCUUCUGUGUCUCCGCCGCCCAUAACAAGGACGACAUGGACCGCCUGCUCGCCGCAUGUGACGAGAUUGGCAACAUCCUACAGCUCAAGUUCUCCACCGGUAUUGCAGGUGGAGCUGACAACCUUCCAGAUGGCGUGUCCCCGGAAAUGGAAGACGAGUGGCGCCGCGCCAAUGGUCUCCAAGGCGUCGUUACCCCGCCUCGCUGGUCUCUGAGAGAAGUGAUUGCAAAUGGCGUCCAGGAUGUCAAGCAGCCGUUGAGGUGA